CCAAACUACUUGUCAAAAUGAAAAAACGAGAAAACGCCGCUUUGGACUUGUAUAUAUUUCCCUGCAAGCGUAUUUGCUGCGAAUAAAUAAGCGGCUUUCAGAUAUUGUAGUUAUUUAUUCACCAAUCAGCACCAGGUGUUGAGCGUACUCUUUCCCGUGAAACCCACGCAAGCCCACUUUCACGAUGAAGGUUGCGCUAAUGGUGGCCGAAAAGCCAUCGCUAGCAGCCUCGCUAGCGAGCAUCCUGAGCAACGGGAAGUGUUCGGUGCGAAAAGGUUCGAACAGUGCAUGCUCGGUACACGAAUGGGUGGGCCAGUUCCGGGGCGAAACGACGCGCUUCAAAAUGACGUCCGUGUGCGGGCACAUCAUGGGGUUAGAGUUCGUCGGCAAGUACAACUCGUGGGACCGCGUCGACCCGGCCGAACUGUUCGCCUGCCCGACCGAGAAGAAGGAGUCCACCCCGAACCUGCGCAUGCCGUACUUUCUCGCCCAGGAGGCGCGCGGCUGCGACUACCUCAUACUGUGGCUCGAUUGCGACAAGGAGGGCGAAAACAUUUGCUACGAGGUGAUGGCGGCCGUGUCCGACUCGAUCCACAAUGUGCAUUCCAACCGGGUGACGUACCGGGCCAAGUUCUCCGCCAUCACCGAGAAGGACAUCAAGUACGCGAUGGACAAUCUGAUCCACCCGAACGAAAACGAGGCGAAAUCGGUCGACGCACGGCAGGAGCUGGAUCUGCGCAUCGGUUGCGCGUUCACCCGCUUCCAGACCAAGUUCUUCCAGGGCAAGUAUGCCGAUCUGGACGCGUCGCUCAUUUCGUACGGGCCGUGCCAGACGCCCACGCUUGGGUUUUGCGUCCAGCGGCACGACGAAAUUCAAACGUUCAAGCCGGAAACGUUCUGGUACGUGCAGGUGUCGGUGGGCGAAAGUCCCGAGAUCAAGCUGGAAUGGCACCGCGUGCGCGUGUUCGAGAAGGAGAUCGCUUGUAUAUAUCUGAAUAAGGUUAAAGAACAGAAGGAAGCAAUCGUUGAAGCUGUUAGCUCGAAAGAGCAGGUCCGUGGACGUCCGCAAGCACUGAACACCGUCGAACUGAUGCGUGCGGCCAGUGCAGGUUUGGGCAUCGGUCCCCAUACGGCGAUGCAAAUUGCUGAAAAACUGUACACCCGAGGUUACAUCAGCUAUCCUCGAACAGAAACCACACAGUAUCCAACCAACUUCGAUCUAAAUGGAGUUGUACGACUAUUGCAACCUUCGUCGGAGUUUGGCGAAGAGGCGAAGGCAAUCGCCCGCGAUAUGACGCACCCGCGCAAGGGUAACGACGCCGGCGACCAUCCACCGAUCACGCCGAUGAAGCUGGCCUCGCGCAACGAGCUCGACGGGGACAGCUGGCGCGUGUACGACUACAUCUGUCGCCACUUUCUCGGUACGAUUUCGCGCGAUCUAAAGUACCGCACGCACACGACCAAGUUCCGGAUCGGGGGGGAACUGUUUACCGCCACCACCAGCGCCCUGAUCGAUCCCGGCUUUACCAAGGUAAUGACGUGGCAGGCGUUCGGCAAGAACGAGCUCGUGCAUCAGUUCGCGGUCAACGACAAGGUGAAGAUCAGCGACGUGCGGCUGGUGGAGAGCCAAACGGGCCCGCCGGACUAUCUGACCGAGUCCGAGCUGAUCUCGCUGAUGGAGAAGCACGGCAUCGGUACGGACGCUUCGAUCCCGGUGCACAUCAACAACAUCUGCCAGCGGAACUACGUGGCGAUCGGAAGUGGCCGUACGCUCACACCGACCAACCUGGGCAUUGUGCUCGUGCACGGAUAUCAGAAGAUUGAUCCGGAGCUGGUCCUGCCCACGAUGCGGUCCGCCGUCGAGCAGCAGCUGAAUCUCAUUGCGCACGGUUCCGCCGACUAUCGGUUGGUGCUGAAGCACGCCGUCGAAAUAUUCCGCCUCAAGUUCCUGUACUUUGUGCAAAACAUCAGCAACAUGGACAUACUGUUCGAGUCGACGUUCUCGUCGCUCAGCUCGUCCGGCAAAUCGCUGUCGCGCUGCGGCAAGUGCCGCCGCUACAUGAAGUACAUACAGUCGAAACCGGCCCGCCUCCACUGCCCCACAUGCGACGAAACGUACACGCUGCCGGUGAAGGGUUCGAUCCGCGUGUACCGCGAGCUCAAGUGCCCGCUGGACGAUUUCGAGCUGGUCGCCUGGACGAACGGUGCGAUGGGCAAGGCGUACCCGCUCUGCCCGUACUGCUACAACCAUCCGCCGUUCAGGGAUAUGGUGAAGAACUCGGGCUGCAACAACUGUCCCCAUCCGACCUGCGCCCACUCGCUGUCGCUGCUGGGCGUGUCGAGCUGCAUGGAGUGCGAGCGGGGCGUGCUGGUGCUCGACUCGACGAUGACGCCGAAAACGUGGCGCCUGGUUUGCAACGGUUUGUGUGACGUCAUCGUUAACUGUUUCGCCGAUGCGGUGAAAGUAACCGUGGAAGCUGAAUCGUGUGAAGAGUGUGGCGCCCAACUUGUCACAGCAGUCUACAAACAGGAAAAGUCCCCAUUCAAGGACGAGGUUACGGAGAAGAAGGGUUGCAUUUUCUGUUUCGCCGAAUUUAUGCCACUGGUUGAGAAGCACAAAGCGGUCGAGAUGCGCCGAAACCAUGCCGGUGGACGGGGCGGACGGGGCCGUGGUUUUCGCGGCCGAGGUGGCAAAGGAGGCCGGGGAAGGAACAAAGCACCCAAGGACAAGAUGACACAGCUAGCGAACUAUUUCGUGUAGUGUUGCCAAGCGACGCGGCGGUGCGUAUCGCGGUGGCGUAUUUCCGGUGUUCAAAUUCCGUGCGCAGUAAUGCAUCAUCCUUCAGUCCAGCAAUCAAUGCGCCGCGGAUAAGCGCGUCUGCAAACAAAUUUGUAUUUGCAACAAAACCCUUUCCGAUCCUAUCACAACCACUCCCCUCCCCUCUCCACCACUCCUUCAACUUCACGUCGUCAUUGAGCCCGCCAUUGAGUUAAGUAUGUGUGUGUGUUGGAUUUGAGAAGAAAAACGUGUUACACUAUCUUCAAAAGCUAGUAUCACCCGGACGCCAAGGCGUGUCCAUCAAGUCAACAAAACACAAACCUUAUUCUAUAUAAAGAAUUAAUAAAAAUCUCUCCAAAAUGUUACAAGUCA